ACCGAAUAAAUCUAGUUAGAGCUGAGUCAUGCAAACACUGCCAAUUCUCCUUCUGUUAGCGACUUUUGCCCGCUCAGAAGACCCGCUGCUCGAAACGAAAGAAUGCAGAGAGCGCGAGCGACUGGUGGGCUCAGAAAAGGAGGAUCUGUACGCCCUGGUAGAUGCCGUUGAAGGCCAAACGCUGAUCCUCCAAUGCCGCUUUUGCAAGGAAGCGCCCAACGAUCGUCCGAAAAACUGGUUCAAAGUGGACCAGCUGGGGCGCAGCAAACCCCAUGAAGUGCAGCUGGACAUGGAGAACGAGGCCAGCAGGAACCGGGUGGCAGUAAACCACAAACACAGCCUGAUCAUCAGCAAGUUGUCCCAAGCAGAUGCUGGCUUCUACUACUGCGUGCACUUUGAAGACCAGACAAAUGAGGAGAAGUUCAACUAUCUGGUAGAUCUUGUAGAGCCUGACAAGCUUAGAGAUGUUGAAAAAGGCAAGAUCGUCGACUGGGCAAAGUAUCAGCAGGAUUUCUUCCUAUCGGUUAACGGCCUGUUUAAAGAGUCGGACGCCACUGAAUUCGUCUACCUAAGGGACGUUUUGAAAGUGGAUGCUGCAUUGGUCACUCAGUGGGGCCCCUGGGGGGCUUGCCAGGCUUGCGGGAGGCCUCAAGGCGAGGGUCUGAUGAAAAAGCGGGGCUCUUGUAGAGUAAAACUGUCUCCUCUCGGGAGUCCUCCGCCAAAUCUCACCUCCAAUGAACUUUAUCUGCUGGAAGCCCCAGCCAUCUCCUGCAGAUCCUCCAGGCUGCUGAAGCUGUUCCCUCAAAUCAGCUCCUAUACCGGCAACAUCCCCGAUUUCCUGUUGGAGGAUCGGUGCUCCGGAGCAUGCAAUCCUGAUGCCGAAGGAGUUAACAGGGGUUGGAAGGUUGGAAAAGGCAAGGGAUUCAAGUAUCGCAGGCACUCCGUUCUGGAAGAAGGUUCGCAUUUGACGACAGUCUGCCCAGAGUCGACUCUGGACAACAAAGUGGUGUGGAAGAAAGGCGGCAGGGAGUUAAAAAGGGGCGACAACAGCGACCCUCAUGUGAUUGUGGACACCUUCAGCACCCUCUACUUGGUGGAGGUGACCAGAGCUGUCGCUGGAAACUUCACCUGCUUUGUAGACGACAUACGCAUGCAGCAGCUGACAGUUUUCGUCUACAGCAAGUCCAGGCUGCUGACCAAUGAGCUGCUUCGCUACUUCAUGUAUUUGGGCUUCAUUCUGUUCCUGUCGUCGUUUUGCUACUGCGCCGGCCUGGUGAUUACUUGGAGGCGCCGGCAUCUGUUCAGAACCUACCAGGAGCUUAAGGAGGAGGAGCCGGCAGGCGCCGACGAGGAGCUGGAAAGUUUUCUGUGAAAUAAACUCGAUUUGAAUCGAUCCGAAGGAGCUUUUAGUCAAACACCGCUAAUGCAGUCGUCGGUGACACC